AUGGCUUCCUCAAAUUUGUCUCACCGACAAACGCAUAAUUUGCUUCUCAUCUCUAAGCUCCUUAAUUUGAGAGAUACUGCGUCACCCCUCACCCUGCUCCUGGACUCUUUAGAACAGCCCGCCACGCCUUUACUCAAGGAAUAUAUUCGACGCGCAACGAUAUCCAAAGCUCAUGUCACCUACAUCGCCUUUGAAUCACUGAAGGCGCCUCAGGGGGUAGAUGCAUUCAUCUCCGCCCGGGGAAAGAAGCCGGCGGAUAUCGCCAAAGAAGUCAGCUCGGUUCAUCAUGCGGCUUCCUCCAGCCCCUCGCGUCGCCGCCUCAUCAUAAUCGACUCGAUAAACCCCCUUAUCCACUCCCGGCGAACUGAUGCACAAUUCCACCUCUCGACCUUCCUGAGCUCAUUUCUGAUGCCUCAGAGCCCCUCGACACCCAAGGUCGAAUCCUCCCUCGUCGUGACCUUCCAUCAGGAUGUCCCAAGCCCUCCCAGCUCCUCGCCCUACUCGCCAUCCCCGUUUUCCAUAUUAACCUACCUCGCAACGACCGUCAUCCGACUCCACUCAUUCUCGCACAUUCUCACCCAGAAAGCCGCCCGGGACCGCAGUCUGGCAGCGCCCUUUUUCGGACUCGAAGAAGAACAGGACGGGGUACUUAUCGGCAAAGUGGACAAGCACACCGGCAACGGGUCAGCGGAGGGUGUCGUUCUAGAGAUGGAACAUCGGCGGAAAAGCGGCCGUGGCGUGUUGGAAUGGUAUUACCUUCCGCCUGCCUCUCAGUACCCGCCGUCGCAACUCAAGGAGAUUGUUACGCUUCUUGAUGACCACCCAUUGUAUCGUCCUGCCGAGGAACCGGAUGCUGGUGCCGGUGAAGAGGAGCCGGAAUCGACGUUUGAAUUACGUCUUACCGACAAACAAAGGCGGGAUAGAGAAGGGGUGGUGCUGCCGUACUUUGAUGCGCAGAAGGGUGACGGCCCUGGUGAGGGUGGGCGUAUCUUAUAUGACAUGGGAGAGGAAGACGAUUUUGACGAGGAAGAGGACGAGAUUUAG